AUGGUGAGAGGGAAAGAAAAGGAGGAUCAAAAUAGCGCAGAACUACCAUUCCAAGGGAAUCCUUCUAAACCGGGUGCCUGGGAUGAUGAUUUGGAUCCUCCACCUGACAUUGACUGGGACGAGCCACCCGUCUACGAUCUCCUCAGUGCAAAAAGAUUAUCGAUUUCGACGCCCUCUCAACCGAAGCCUUACACGAUACCAAAUAUUAUCAACUCCAAAUCUCCACGUUUGAAUAUCGUGAUUCAAAUUGUCGGUAGUAGAGGAGAUGUGCAACCGUUUUUGGCCCUUGGACGAGAGCUACAAAUUGAAGGACAUCGAGUAAGGAUCGCUACCCACGAUGUUUUUCGAGACUUUGUUACCGAAGCCGGCUUUGAGUUCUUUCCCAUCGGUGGAGAUCCAUCAUCCCUUAUGGCUUACAUGGUCAAGAAUCCCGGCAUCGUUCCAAAAUUCCAAACUAUCAUGAGUGGCGAAAUUUCAGAAAAGCGAAGGAUGGUGUACAGAAUGCUAGAGGGCUGCUGGAGGUCGUGUAUUGAGCCGGACCCCGAGAACAAUAUCCCAUUUGUCGCGGAGGCCAUUAUCGCGAAUCCGCCAAGUUUUGCCCAUGUGCAUUGCGCACAAGCCAUGGGAAUUCCCGUUCACCUCAUGUUCACCAUGCCUUGGAGCCCUACAAAAGCAUUUCCUCAUCCCCUGGCAAACAUUGAGCGGACAGAUGCAGAUCUAAUGACAACGAACUAUUUGUCCUAUGGUUUAGUUGAACUACUGACGUGGCAAGGUCUUUCCAGCGUUAUUAAUGGAUGGCGCCGAAAGUCGCUAGGCCUAGAUCCGGUGCCAACAUUGACGGGGCCCUCGAUCGCUGAGGCCUUACAGAUACCUUUCACCUACUGUUGGUCCCCAGCCUUUGUGGCAAAGCCUCAAGAUUGGGGUAACUAUAUUGAUGUGUGUGGUUUCUUCUUUAGGGAAGAGCCAGCCUAUACGCCUGUCGAUGAGCUGCGUGAUUUCCUCAGCAGUGGCCCGCCACCAGUAUACAUUGGAUUCGGUAGUAUUGUCAUGGAUGAUGCAGAAGAAAUGACUGCUAUACUGCUAGGCGCAAUUAGAGCGUGUGGUGUACGGGCCAUAAUAUCCCGUGGGUGGAGUAAGCUUGGUUCCGGCCAGCAAGAUCCAAAUGUGAUGUUUUUGGGCGACUGCCCACAUGAAUGGCUCUUCAAGCACGUAUCAUGUGUUGUGCAUCACGGUGGAGCUGGUACCACUGCGUGUGGACUCCUCAAUGGACGGCCGACCAUUAUAGUUCCUUUCUUUGGCGACCAAGCGUUCUGGGGCCAGAUGAUUGCUGCUAACCAGGCCGGUCCAUCUCCUAUUCACCAUAAAUCCUUGAACGAAAACAAUCUAGCAGAAGCUAUUCGGUAUUGCCUAACGCCAAAAGCCAAAAAUGCAGCUGCAGCAAUCUCUCGGAAAAUGAAGGCAGAAAAUGGAGUUCGGGCUGCGUCGCGUUCAUUCCAUUGCAAUUUACCUGUGGAAGCCUUGCGAUGCGAUCUACUCCCAGAUGAACCGGCUGUUUGGCUGUAUACCAAGACUAAGAAAAAAGAACCCCUCAAACUGUCUGACAAGGCUGCCUUUAUCUUGACCGAGAAGAACAAGAUUGAAGCUCAACAUUUUAAGCUCUAUCAACCCAAACCCAUAAUAAUAGAGAACCAACGCUGGGACCCUGUGAGCGCCGGCAGUUCCGUUCUUUUAGGAAUUUUGUUUGACUUUACAGUCGGCUUCAGUCAAGUAUUUAUAGGCCCCGCUAAGGUCUUCCAAAGCAAAGAUGAAGGGGGAGGGAAGAAAGAAGCAGCAGUCACCUUUGGAAAAGGAUUUGGCAAGAUGGCAGGUGUCCUUCCCAAGGCUACUCUUGUUGAUUUUCCUUUGGCGAUAACUGAAGGCCUGCAUCAUUUGCCACGACUGUACGGCGAUGAAGUGCGAAAUCACGGUCAAGUCAAGGACUGGAAAAGUGGCUGUGGUGUCGCUGGAAAGACAUUAGGGUACGGCUUCGUGGACGGACUCCUUGGGACUGUCACCAAGCCUUAUGAAGGAGCAAGAGAGGGCGGCUGGGCAGGUUUUGGAAAGGGACUUGGAAAGGGAGCCAUGGGACUUGUCACAGGACCGGGUGCAGGUAUGUUUGGCUUGUUUGCUUACCCCUUCCUUGGAAUGUACAAGUCAAUCAGCACUUCCUCACUGUCCCCAUCACAAAGGAAGAUCUUGCUCGCACGGCAAGUCUAUGGCUCSUACAUGGCUCGGCAGCGAGAGUACGCCGCGCAAGAUGGAGGACAAGAACGGGAUGAAGCAACUCAGAAUAUCGCUCUUGAAGCAUUCGAAAGAAGCUUCAAACGAGGCUGA